UUCUGUCAUUUCGGCUCAUUAUACGGAUCUGUUAAUAAAAUAAGCUGGUGGUUUCAUGGCUUCAAAGCGAGUCUUUGUUUAUAACCACCCGAGGUAAGGCAGAGAAAGAGAGCCAUCAUUCCAAAGAGGAAAAAGGGAAAAGAAGAGAGAAAACUGGUAAGCAAUAGCUGCAAUUAAUGGCCACACCAAAACAGCUAUAUGAACAGCAGCAGAGAGUGAAGAACUCGGGAAUCAUUAGCUCAAACCAGAGCCCAAUACGAGAUGACAAGGAAGAGGAGAUGGCAAGGUCAGCUCUGGCCAUGUUCCGGGCCAAGGAAGAAGAAAUCGAGAGGAAGAAAAUGGAGGUAAGGGACAAGGUUCACGCUCAUCUGGGUCGUGUCGAGGAGCAAACAAAGCGGUUAGCCGAGAUUAGAGAAGAGCUUGAGGGUAUCACAGAUCCAAUGAGAAAAGAUGUCACAGUAGUUCGAAAGAAGAUAGACACAGUGAACAAAGAGUUAAAGCCACUGGGCCAAACCUGCCAGAGAAAGGAGAGAGAGUAUAAAGAAGCCCUCGAAGCUUUCAAUGAGAAGAACAGAGAGAAGGCUCAACUUGUUUCCAGAUUAAUGGAGCUGGUGGCUGAAAGUGAGAAGCUGAGGAUGAAGAAGCUGGAGGAGCUAAGCAAGAACAUAGAAAUCCUGCGCUGAGAUGCCAAUAAUAUAUGUAACCCCGUUGGAUUGAGUGUGUUGUGACUAGAAUAAUAAGUUCUUUUUCCCCCAAAUUGAAUGUUGAUACUUGAUACGAAUUUUAUGCGAUUUUUGUUUUGUAUUAAUUUCAUUGACUGAAUUAGUGAAAGAAUAUGUGAAUUAUACCAGUCGAUGUACUGAGAUGUGCUGCAUCAAUCAUCAAAUUCAAAUCCAAUAUUGUGAAAACUCUUUUACAACUAAAGCCCUGUAUCAAACUUACCUAA